UUCGUCUCUAUUAAUAUUUCUCUCUCUCUCUCUUUUUACACUUUAAUAUCCAAAAUGAAAAGAAUAUAUUUGAUCUUGAUCGCGUCAAUCUUUGUAAAUUCAUUCGUCGAGGCUCAACUCGAUUUGAGAAAAAUCACUGCGCCUCAACGUAAAAAGUGUCUCGCUGAGACCGGAUUAACGGAGGACAUCAUCGACGAGGCAGAAAUUGGAAACUUUUCUGAAGAUGCAAAACUCGGUUGUUACUUCAAAUGCGUAUUAGAAAAGUUUAAUAUGUUCACCAAGGAUGGUAAAUUAAAUUUCAAAAUGAUUUUAAUGUCUAUACCAGAAGUAUGGAAAUCUUUGGCUCAAGAAAUGAUUGACAAUUGUCGUGACGUCACUGGUUCUGAUAGAUGCGUAUUAGCAUACAAUUUUAAUAGAUGCUUGUAUUUGACAAAUCCUUUGGCAUAUUUCAUUCCUUAAAUUUCGACGAGUGAGACAAAAAAAAAAAGAAAACCUGCAAAUUAUCGUGAUUUUACACAAGAGGCGAUUAAAAGAC